AUGGCCGCGACCUUUCAGUUCAAGAAUCAAAUCGUAGGGGAGGUAGUUAUCCUCCCCUCGUGGAGCAAGGAGUCAUGCCGGGUGGAUUCGAGCGCGCAGACCAUACCUGUGGUCACCCGGAAUGUCGAAACCCAGUCCACGCUGAAAUCCCUUAAUCUUGACGAGCAGGUCGACAAAGCGGUGGGGACCGAGACGCACACCACCACCCAGGCCUCCAUGGUGGGCCUUGAAUACGUCUACGACACCCACAUCCCCUACAACGAAGCCACCCUCGCGUCCUUCCUACGGUCCCGGAAGGAGGAAUGCCUUGCCAUCCUCCACCACAACACCAAGAGCGCGAUUUUUGACAAUUAUGAGCCGAAUUGGGUCACCCACACGACGGAACUCACCCCUCUUCACACCCUCACCUCCCCCCACGCGGUGGAGGGCGAUUUGCACGCCCUGGGGCUGUCCUGGAAUGCCAGCGGGACGAUGUUGGCGGUGGCGUACGGGCGAAUCGACACCUCGGGGUGGUGUUAUCACAACGGGUAUGUGGGGGUGUGGAACCUGACGCGGUUCGAUUUGAACCGGAAUAACCCGCACUACACCCUCGAAACGGACAUGCACGCGACCUGCGUGGCAUUUCACCCGAAAAUCUCCCACAUGCUGGCGGUGGGGACGUAUAGCGGCGAGGUGAUUCUCGUCCCGGAUAUCACGGAGGAGAUCCCGACGGAGUACUCCACACGACGAACGGGGUUGGCCCAUCAUGAGCCCAUCACCGCGCUGGAAUGGGUGCAGGAAGUGCAGGAACACCGCGAAGCCUAUCGCUAUUUACUCUGCUCCGCCGCGCAGGACGGCCAAGUGAUGUAUUGGAGCCCGCCCCACAAAAUGGAGGCCCCGUCCGCCGUUUUUGGCGUGCCGCAUAAACGUCAGACGGCGGUGGGGAUCUCGUCUAUCGCCCAUGUUUACUCGACCGGGCUUACAAACUUAGGGGAGCCACCAAAAAUGUCGAACCCGAUAUUGGUGGGGUUGGAAAACGGAGAAAUCGGCUGUGGCCGCACUCCUUUGAUUGCAAACGUGGCGGAAAAGACCGCCACGGCGGCCUCCCCGCUAGAAUUGGACUGGAUUAAAGGACAUCACGGACCGGUCCAGGCCCUCAGCCCUUCCCCCUUUUUUCGACAUCUUUUUCUGACCUGCUCCUCCGACGGCACGGUGAACCUUUCCCACAACCUCGACCGCGUCCACCUCCUCACUCUCGAGCCCUCAGCCGAUACCAAGCACUUCUUGUACGACGCGCAAUUCAGCCCUUCGCGGCCAAGCGUCGUCGCGGUGGUCUCCCGCAGCGCUUUUUUGCAUAUUUAUGACCUCCAAAGCUCGCGAUUUCGUCCGGUUUUCUCGGUGGAGGCCGGGAUGGAUGGGGCCGAGGUGAUCUCCACGCGGUUUAAUCGAAAAUCCGCGGACUUGUUGGCCACCGGCGAUGCACGCGGGUCUGUAAGAGUGUGGAAGCUCCCGGCGGUCUUAACGCAAAUCACAGAGCACGAACGGGUGGCCAUUCGUAUUGAACAACAUGCAGUUGGCGAGAACUCUGAGGAGGAUAAAACAGAUCCUAUUCGAGCACUUCUGGAGCAUUAG